AUGGGGUCCCUAGUACAAAGUGUUAAAUGCACCACAAAUCACCCUGUUCAUGUUCCACACGAGUGGUAUGAGCCAGCGGACCUUGUCAUUGGUGCAAUGGUAUCUUAUAUGUAUUACACAUUACCCGAAGUUUCUUUCAAUAAACACCCUCCCCAGGUCUCCAUGAAUACCCCACUGGUGAUGACAAAGUUCUACCAGCACAUCCUUGCUUUGGUGUUUGCUAUUGAUGAGAUCAAUGAAAAUCCCAGGAUGUUGCCCAAUGUCUCUCUCGGGUUCCACAUCUAUGACAGCUAUUAUGAUUCAAAGAUGACCUACCGAAACACUCUGGACUUGAACUUUAAAUCACGUCACUUUGUUCCCAACUACAGGUGUGGCAUCCAGAUAAAUUUAAUAGGAGUCAUUGGGGGACUUGGCUCUGAUACUUCCUGGUGCAUGACAAACCUCUUAGGUCUUUUCAAGAUUCCACAGCUGCAAUCAUUCCUGCAGAGAAUAUCAUUCAACAACAGCGCUGGGGAGGAAAUCACAUUAAAUGAAUACGGAGAGUUAGCGGCUGGCUUUGAUAUUACAAACUUGGUCACGUUCCGAAAUGGAUCAUAUGUCAGGGUCAAAGUGGGAAGGUUGGAUCCUCAGGCCCCUCCUGGCAAAGAGGUCACCAUUAAUGAGGACAGAAUCAAAUGGCACAGAGACUUCACUCAGGUGCCACCACUUUCUAUAUGUAAUGCCAACUGCCGUCCUGGUUAUGGGAAGAAAAAGAAGGAAGGAAAGAAGUUUUGCUGCUAUGAUUGUGAUCAAUGUCCAGAAGGAAUGAUUUCAAAUGAGAAAGAUAUGGAAACAUGUGUCAGUUGCCCAGGAGAUCAAUAUCCAAACAAAGACCAGGAUCUAUGCAUUCCUAAGAUUCCAAACUUCCUAGCCUUGGUUGAAACCUUGGCCAUCGUUUCAACUUUCUCUGCACCUCUAUUCUCUCUGAUCACAAUUCUGGUGCUUGGCAUCUUCAUUAAGCAUCGCAAUACAGCCAUAGUCAAAGCCAACAACCGAAGCCUCACCUACGGUCUCCUUAUCUCCCUCCUCUUGUGUUUUCUCUCUUCUUUGUUGUUCAUUGGAAAACCUAAUAAGGUCACUUGCCUUCUCCGACAAACUGCUUUUGGCAUUGUCUUCUCUGUGGCCCUCUCCAGCAUUUUAGCCAAAACCAUAUUGGUGGUUUUGGCAUUCAUGGCUACCAAACCGGGAACCAAUAUGAGGAAAUGGGUAGGCAAAGAACUGGCUUAUUCCAUUGUCUUUUCCUGCUCCAUUGUUCAAGUAGGGAUCUGUGUUCUCUGGCUGGCAACCUCUCCCCCAUUCCCAGAUGUGGACAUGCACUCAAUGACAGAAGAAAUCAUAUUUCUUUGUAAUGAAGGGUCAGUCCUCAUGUUCUAUUGUGUUUUGGGCUACAUGGGCUUCUUGGCCACUGUCAGCUUCACAGUGGCCUUCCUAGCCAGGAAGUUGCCUGACACUUUCAACGAAGCCAAGUUCAUCACCUUCAGCAUGCUGGUCUUCUGCAGUGUUUGGCUCUCCUUCAUUCCAACCUACCUGAGCACCAGAGGAAAAUACAUGGUGGCUGUGGAGAUCUUCUCCAUCUUUGCUUCUGGUGCUGGGUUACUGGCUUGCAUUUUUGCCCCUAAAUGCUACAUUAUUGUGGUGAGGCCUGACCUGAACAACAGAGAGCAGCUAACACAAAUAAAGGUUUAA